GAAAUGCCCUUUUGCACAAGUAAAGAGACUACUAGAGAGCAUGUCAUACAUGUGGUUGAACAACCCACAGAGAGAGAGAGAGAGAGAGAGGACAAUUAAAAUAAGAAAAAGUAAAGGAAGCAUUGGAGAAAAAAGAGGCAGCCAUAGCCAGAGGGUUCGUGUCGGCUUCAACCAAACACUGACGGUGUAUGUAUACACCUUUACUUACACGCUUCUUGUUAAUCUUACAUCUCCUGUUUUGACAGCAAUUCCACUUCUAUACCCUCCCCCUCUAGAUUCUCACUUACCCUCAAAUCAAAAGUCUUUUCAUCUGGGUUUUGUUUGAACCCUAGCCUAGCUCGCUUUGGGUUUUCUCUAGAUCGUUGAAUAUUGGAGAGGUUUGAACUAAAGGUAAAACGUAUCCAAAGUUAAACAGAUUCUCAAAUGGCGGCUAGCAAUCAUCCAUCUGGAAAACCUGGAGGGGCUUUAAGUGAUGCUUUAUGUAGGGAGCUCUGGCAUGCUUGUGCUGGACCUCUUGUAACCCUACCUCGUGAAGGGGAAAGAGUUUAUUAUUUCCCUGAAGGUCACAUGGAGCAGCUUGAGGCAUCAAUGCAUCAAGGUUCGGAGCAAAAGAUGCCUUCCUUUAAUCUCCCAUCUAAGAUUCUCUGUAAAGUGAUCAAUAUCCAGCGCAGGGCGGAGCCAGAGACUGACGAAGUAUAUGCGCAAAUAACCUUACUGCCAGAAGCGGAUCAAAGUGAGCCUAUGAGCCCGGAUGCCCCUGUUCAAGAACCUGAAAAGUGCACAGUACAUUCAUUUUGCAAGACACUAACUGCUUCGGACACAAGCACACAUGGUGGAUUCUCUGUGCUACGGAGACACGCAGAUGAUUGUCUUCCACCUUUGGAUAUGUCCCAACAACCACCAUGGCAAGAACUGGUUGCAACUGAUUUGCACAAUAACGAAUGGCAUUUUAGGCACAUUUUCCGAGGUCAACCAAGGCGCCAUUUGCUAACAACUGGGUGGAGUGUUUUUGUUAGCUCGAAGAAACUAGUUGCUGGUGAUGCUUUCAUAUUCUUAAGGGGUGAGAAUGAAGAGCUCCGAGUUGGUGUUAGGCGGCACAUGAGACAACAGACUAAUAUCCCGUCCUCUGUCAUUUCAAGUCAUAGCAUGCACAUUGGAGUCCUCGCAACUGCCGCUCAUGCUAUUACAACAGGAACAAUCUUUUCCGUCUUCUACAAGCCAAGAACUAGUAGGUCAGAGUUUAUUGUGAGCGUCAAUAGGUAUCUCGAAGCUAAGAACCAGAAGCUGGCUGUAGGCAUGCGUUUCAAGAUGAGAUUCGAGGGUGAAGAAGCUCCCGAGAAAAGGUUCAGUGGCACAAUAGUUGGUGUUCAGGAAAACAAAUCUUCGGUCUGGCAUGAUUCUGAAUGGAGAUCGCUCAAGGUUCAAUGGGACGAGCCUUCAUCUGUGUUUCGUCCUGAAAGAGUUUCACCAUGGGAACUUGAGCCCUUAGUUGCAAACAAUACGCCUUCUGCACAUCUUCCUCCACAAAGGAACAAACGACCGAGACCUCCUGGUUUGCCUUCACCAACCACCGCUCCAUCUACUCCUGAUGGUGUGUGGAAAUCCCCGGCAGACAAUCCUUCCUCGGUACCGCUAUUCUCUCCCCCUGCCAAGACUGCUGCGUUUGGUCAUGGAGGGAACAAAUCGUUUGGAGUAUCCAUUGGAUCAGCCUUUUGGCCCACUCAUGCAGAUGGUGCAGCUGAAUCCUUUGCUUCAGCGCUCAACAACGAGUCUCCUACUACUGAGAAGAAGCAGACCAGUGGAAAUGUCUGCAGGCUUUUUGGGUUUGAGCUGGUUGAAAAUAUGAAUGUGGACGAAUGUUUCUCUGCUGCAUCUGUGUCCGGUGCUGUCGCUGUAGAUCAACCCCCAUCCAAUGAGUUCGACUCCAGUCAGCAAUCUGAGUCGUUAAACAUCAACCAAGCUAGUGGUGAUCCUGAGAAAUCCUCUCUGAGGUCUCCUCAAGAAUCGCAAAGCAGGCAGAUACGUAGCUGCACAAAGGUACACAUGCAAGGUAGUGCGGUAGGCAGAGCUGUUGACUUGACAAGGUCCGAGUGUUACGAGGAUCUGUUCAAGAAGCUGGAAGAGAUGUUUGACAUCAAGGGUGAACUCUUACAAUCUACCAAAAAAUGGCAAGUUGUUUACACGGAUGAUGAAGAUGACAUGAUGAUGGUUGGUGACGAUCCAUGGAAUGAGUUCUGUGGAAUGGUGAGGAAGAUAUUUAUCUACACACCUGAGGAAGUGAAGAAACUUUCACCCAAAAACAAACUCACAGUCAAUGUUAGGAUGCAGUCCAAAACUGAUGCAGACGAAAAUGGGAACGCAGAGGGCAGGUCAUCGUCGAUGGCCGGAUCAAGAUGAUUACAUAUCACUGUUUUUUAACGCAUUUGCCUCGUAGGAACAAUGAAAGCUGAAGCAUAAAAGAUUGUAAGACAGUUGAGAAAUGAGAUGUCUUGUGUAUAGCACUGAAGUUUUACUAUGUUUCCAGGUCUUAUGAAGUCACUUAUAUGUGAGCGUUUUCUUGUUCUACAUCAAACCAAUGAGCAUGGUCAAUAAAAAAUAUGAAAUUUAAAACUA